AUGCCUAACUGGAAUGAACUACGUGGGGCUAUAACGAAAGGCGAAGUUCUGAUGCCGUGUGAUGAUGGGUACGCCGCGAGCCUGAAGAGAUGGAGCGCGGCCGCUGAAAUGAAAGCAGUCAGUUUGACCCCACUCAUAUAUCAAAGUCACGUCCAGCUAAGUCCUUUUCAGGCUGUGAUCGUCAGGCCUACGUGUGCUGAAGAGGUCUCUGUGGCUGUAAAGUUUGCCGUCGCAAAUAAGCUUCCAUUGGCUGUUUGUGGUGGUGGUCAUUCGACAAGCGGGAUGUCAUCAUCGGAAGGCAUGGUCAUUCAUCUCGGGAAUAUGCGUAAGGUUGAAGUCGAUCAAGCCAAGAUGACUGUGUCUUUCGAUGGCGGAUGCCUUUGGAGUGAUGUGGAUAGUGCUCUAGAUGCUUGUGGACUCGCUACUGUCGGCGGUACAGUGAACCACACAGGCGUGGGUGGACUUAUCCUAGGGGGAGGUCACGGCUGGCUGACAGCAAAAUAUGGUCUCACAAUUGACAACCUAAUAUCGGCUCAGAUAGUCAUAGCAGAUGGCUCGAUUCUUGAAGCCUCUGAAUUGCAACAUCCAGACCUCUUCUGGACCAUCCGUGGAGCCGGAGCUCAGAUUGGAGUCGUCACGCGCUUCACAUCUCGCGUCUACAGCCAGGGACAGGUCUGGAGCGGGACCCUUACGUUUUUACCUGCCAAGCUGCCUGAACUGGUGGCAUUUGCAAACGAGUUUCACAAUCGGGAUCAACGAGACGGCCACUGCUUGACUAUAGUUGUCGGGUACACACCGGAUGGGGCGGACCGCAUCCUCUCCGCUAUUCCGCUUUACCAUGGGCCAGAGUGGGAAGCGAGGGGCUACUUCGCAAACCUGUUCAGCAUCGGGCCCAUCGUGGACUGCACAAGUAUGAUGUGCAUUGCGCAAGUCAACACUCUGCAGAAUCCAAUGUGUGAAUACGGCAUGCGACGCCUCCAAGGUUCGGGAAAUGUCACUAUGCCGCUCCACACCGCUGCUUUUCAACAGACAGCAGACACAAUCUGGUCUAUCCACGAUAUGCAUCCCGACGUAAGGUUCUGCUCCCUAUUAGUUGAAAUUUUUCCAACCCACAAGUUGCGCGAAGUUUCCCAAGGUGCUACUGCAUAUGCCAACCGCGGAGAGUUCUACGAUGCUGUUACUACGUUUGGGUGGACCAACCCGGCGCUCGACGAUGCUGUCCGUCUGUGUAACUCGAAACUAUGUGCAAAGAUACGUCGUGAUAACGGAUAUGAGUGGCUAGGGCGUGCAGACUCCAGAGAUAAGCCGGUGGGACGUUAUCUCAACAUGGAAGCAGAAUUUGUGAUGCCACGCCAAGCAUAUGGUUGGAAUUUGGAGAAAUUGCAAAAGACGAAAAGCAAGUUUGAUCCAGAGAACAUUUUUGACAAGUGGCAUGGGGUGGUUGAGGAAAUGGGUGAGGCUUAA